GGCUGGUGAAUGUUUUACCUGGAUGCCGUGACGUCACUGAAACGCUGGCUCGUAGAGACGCUUUGGACGCCGUGCUCGUCUUCCGCUGGAGAUAUUGUUGGCUUUUGAUGGCUCAACCCCUGACAAACUAGUGAAUAGACUCCAUAACUUACCCGGUUAGUUCAUCUGAAGAUCGUAAACUCAUCCAAGAUGUCUGCUUCUGCUAUCUACGUGCUCGACCUGAAGGGGAAGGUGCUAAUUUGUCGGAAUUACAAAGGGGACGUGGACAUGGCUGAGAUUGACCACUUCAUGACUUUGCUCAUGCAAACAGAGGAGGAAGGGCUCAUCUGUCCGGUCAUGUCACAUGGCAACGUUCACUUCAUGUGGAUCAAGCACAACAACCUCUAUUUGGUGGCCACGACAAACAAGAACUCCAACGCCUCACUUGUCUACUCCUUUCUCUACAAGCUGGUCGAGGUGUUCACAGAGUACUUUAAGGAACUGGAGGAGGAGAGCAUCCAAGACAAUUUUGUGGUCGUCUACGAGCUGCUGGACGAGUUGAUGGACUUUGGAUUUCCUCAGACGACUGAUGGAAAGAUCCUUCAGGAAUACAUCACUCAAGAGGGCACCAAGCUGGAGGUGGCCAAGUCCAGAGUGCCCACCACCGUCACCAACGCCGUCUCCUGGAGGUCAGAGGGCAUCAAGUACAAGAAGAAUGAAGUUUUUAUCGAUGUCAUUGAGUCCAUUAAUGUGCUGGUGAAUGCCAAUGGAAGUGUGAUGAGCAGCGACAUUGUGGGCAGCAUCAAGUUGAAGACCAUGUUGUCUGGGAUGCCUGAACUCCGAUUGGGACUCAAUGAUCGAGUUCUCUUCGCCCUCACUGGACGUGACAAGGGGAAGACGGUGGUGAUGGAGGAUGUCAAAUUCCACCAGUGUGUUCGUCUCUCACGAUUUGAGAGUGACAGAACCAUCUCCUUUAUUCCUCCUGAUGGGGAGUCGGAGCUCAUGUCUUACCGCAUUAACACUCAUGUGAAGCCUCUAAUAUGGAUCGAGUCGGUCAUUGAGAAAUUCUCGCACAGCAGAGUGGAAAUCAUGGUUAAGGCAAAAGGACAAUUUAAAAAACAAUCUGUUGCGAACAACGUGGAGGUGAGGGUCCCAGUUCCGAGUGACGCAGACUCUCCCAAGUUCAAAACCAGCACAGGACAUGCCAAAUACGUGCCCGAGAAGAACCUUGUGGUGUGGACUAUCAAGUCUUUCCCGGGAGGGAAAGAGUUUCUGAUGAGGGCUCACUUCGGUCUCCCGAGUGUGGAGAACGAUGAACUGGAAGGAAAACCUCCAAUCACCGUCAAAUUUGAAAUCCCGUACUUCACUGUCUCUGGGAUUCAGGUGCGGUACAUGAAGAUCAUUGAGAAGAGCGGUUACCAGGCGUUGCCCUGGGUGCGCUACAUUACACAGAGUGGAGAUUAUCAACUGCGCACUAAUGUGUGAAUAAAUCCAGCUUUCAUCACGCCUCAAACCGGACUGAAGGAUUGUCUUGGGAACUUCAUCAGUUCUAUUUCAUACCAUGCACAGGUUUUCAGAUAUCUGAAGUUGAUUUUACUGUUAAAUACACCAAGUAAUUUAUCCAAUGAAAAGAAAAUUUUAUUUAGAGUAUAUUUUUUGGCUGGUGUUUAACUUUGCUAGAAUUUGUUUUAGAAGUUUGACUGCUAUAUUGAGUGUUUACAGGAGAAAUAAUGUUAUGUGUUAGAGCAUCAUAAUUUGUCUUUUGUGUAGUAAUAAAUCCAAAUGAUUGAUGGAGACAUUUAUGUGUAGUUUUUGACAUUAUUGGGAUUUUGAUGUAGAUUCUUCUCAUUCAUUACACAGGAGCAGUCUGUUUUUUUUCUUUGAAACCUCAUUGCUUUUUAUUUGCUAUAGUGGAAUUGGAAAUAAUUAUACACGUAAUGCACACAACAAAUAAAACACAAGCACAUGAUCACUAUUUUUGGUGCCUUGACAUCCAAGUUUUUGUUUUUGGGUGAUUCACG